AAGAAGAAAGAUCAUCAAGAAAAGAAGGAUCAAAGCAAAGAUGCAUAGAUUCAUUGUACUUUCAAUUUUUGUUCUCUUCGUUUCUUUUUCUGGAAAGGCAGUACAAGCCGACAAUGCACCUUCCCCAUCUCCAAAACCUUCCCCAACGGCUACAACGGCGAGACCUCCGACGACUUCUUCAACCCCUCCUAUGGCGUCGCCUUCGAACUCUCCUUCAUCAUCGCCUCCAUCGGCGACUCCUGCAAGUUCCCCAUCGACAACAUCGCCCUCUCCGGCAGCAACUCCGACUGCUACUCCCACACCGGUUCAAUCCCCGGCUGCGACUCCGCCUGCUUCUUCCACUCCCCCGGUUCAAUCCCCAGCGACUCCUUCACCAAUGGCUACACCACCGUCGUUGACACCGGCAAGUUCUCCUCCGUCUUUGACACCCGCAAGUUCUCCUCCGUCAUUGGCACCCGCAAGUUCUCCUCCAACAUUGACUCCAGGUGGGGCUCCAUCUGUUGCGGAGGGUCCGGUUGGAACUCCUGAGUCUUCUGCUAAUAUUCCUUCGAGUUCAGCGACGCCAGCGGAGAGUCCUGAGAUUUUCCCGUCGAGCAGUAGCCCACCAAGUCCCACACCGGUGGGUUCGUCGCCGGAGAGUCCGACGGGUCCCGCAGUUAAUGAUGAGUCGGGUUCAAGAUCCGGUUACCAAGUCGGGUUCGUUCUAAGCGCUGGUUUAGUCAUUGGGGCCGCCUUGGCUAUUUAAAUUUUCUAUUUUUAGAUUGUAAUUUUUUAAAAUUUUUAUCUCCU